UUGCAGAAUGGGUGCCUCGCGAAUGGGCCCUCCAAACAUUUCUCGACGUCCUAAAUUGUUCAAGCAGUCGCCGUCGUUCUUUAAGAGGACCACAUGCAUUCUUUAAUCAUAUGCAAUUAGAUGUUAAAUAGUCGCAAUUUGUACAUUUCGUAGCCGCUGACUUUGGACCAACAGAACUCCCUUGAUUGAGACCUUCAUGACGACUAUAUCUCUAGAAGCGAGCAGAAGUAAAAACAGCAGAAGUAAGAAAGUAGAAACGUUCCCGAAGCAAGCAAAGCUUUGGUCACAGAUUUGACUGCCAGCGGAUUUGACAUUGUGAAUUCGCUCAGGGACUCGACAACCGUGGAUCCCAGAACGAUUACACACAGUCAUUAUCUCAGUCGUUUGUGAACUUUAAAUCUCCGAGCUAUGUGGGGAAAGAAACAUGGAGAGAAGAAGGGAUUGAAUGUUAGAAUUGACGUACAAUCAGAUUGGCUCAGUACUCUGUUCAAUCUUCCUUGAUGUGGGACAUAACUUUCGUCACCGUCGGCGCUAUUCUCCUUGUCACUUCUCUUGUUUAUGCUUUUAUAAGUGCAUCACCAAUCGCAAUAAUCACUUUCCAUUACCACCUUCCACUUCGACUUCCAGAUUCAUACCAUUUAGACUUGGCAUCUUUCCUUUCGCACGCCACUCUCUCUCCUUUUCUUUUCUUUUCCCCUUGACAAAGCUAGGAGAAUCAUGGGAAGAAACAGUGAAGAAAGCGUUGUUCUUAAUGGAGAUUUGAAGGUCAUUGUAGAUGGUGAUGGUGAGCUCGAGGCAUCGCCAACAAGGCCGUCGAGUCAAAGCAGCAGUAGCAGACCGACUAGCAUGGUCAUCAAGAAAGUAAACAGUGUGAUUCCAGCUCACCUGGUCGCGGAAGCCAUAUCCACGCUGCGCGGGCUCGACCUGAGAUGGUCAGGCCCCAUCACCCCGAGCGAAAUGCAAUACGUCGAACAGUACAUCCUCACCAAAUAUCCCCAGUACUCGAACGGCCUCGUCGAGCCUCACGCCCUCGACGUGGACAGUCUCUCCGCCGCCGACGACCCCGACGCCGUCGCGGCCUCCGACGACAAGCGCAAGUCGCCGAGAAGGGAUUCCUCCUCUGCUUCGCCCUCCUUCAGUCGCAGCUUCUCCGAUCUCGACCGGACCCAGCUCGAGCCGUCCAGGCUCCUCGACAUCCUCACGAAGAAAUCGUCGCCGCAGGCGAACUUCAUCUCCAUCCCCGAGAUCCAAGCACGGAACCGAGCGCUCAGGCACUGCGGGCUGACGGAGGAAGAUUACCUCGUCCUGUUCGCGCCGAGCUACAGGGACGCGAUGGUGAUGAUCGGGGAGAGCUAUCCCUUCGCCCGGGGGAGCUACUACCUGACCAUCGUCGGCGAGGAGGACGACCCGAUCAGGGACUUCGCGGCGGCGAAGGAGGCGAAGGCGGUGCCGGCGCCGGCGACGUGGCUGGACCUCCGGAUCAGGGGGUCGCAGCUGAGCCAGUACUUCAGGAAGAAGUGCAAGCACGUGCCGAAGGGGCUGUUCGCGUACCCGGCGGCGGUGGACGGGACGAGGUACUCGAUGCACUGGAUAUCGGAGGCCCACCGGAACUCGUGGCACGUGCUGCUGGACGCGGCGGCGAUGGUGUUCGCCGACGACCACCACCUGGCGCUGGCGCUCCACCGGCCGGACUUCGUGGUGUGCACGCUCGAGAGCGUGCACGUGCAGCCGUCGAGGAUCACGUGCCUGCUGGUGAGGAAGAGGUCGUUCGAGACUUCGCUGUGAAUUAAUUUGACUGCUGGUGAAAGUAAACGAGGGACAAACAUAUUGUCUUUUUUUUUUCCCCAAAAACAAAUUAUAUAAA